AAGAAAACAAAGAGGGAGAGGGACAUGUUUGGUUCAUCAUAUUCAUGCAUUUUUGUUUUGUUUUGUUGUGUUGUGUGUGCCAAACAUAAACCAAGACUCUUCUCCACUCAAUCUCGCUAUCUAAAAUGGCGCUUAUUCCAUCUUCUUCGCUUAACGACGCUCCUAUCAUCGCCGAAGUCGACAUGGGCGGCGACUCCUCUGCUUCCACAGUCCGCGCCACCGUCGUCCAGGCCUCCACCAUCUUCUACGACACUCCCGCCACUCUAGAUAAGGCGGAGAGAUUGUUGGCUGAAGCGGCUGGGUAUGGGUCUCAGCUCGUUGUGUUUCCUGAAGCCUUCGUCGGUGGAUACCCUCGUGGUUCUAAUUUUGGUGUCACUAUUGGGAGUCGAACGCCUAAAGGCAAAGAGGAUUUUCGCAAGUACCAUUCCUCCGCCAUUGAUGUUCCCGGCCCUGAAGUUGACCGGUUGGCUGCAAUGGCUGGGAAGUACAAGGUAUAUUUGGUAAUGGGUGUGAUAGAAAGAGAAGGGUAUACACUCUAUUGUACUGUACUAUUUUUUGAUUCUCAAGGUCAUUACCUGGGAAAGCAUCGGAAACUCAUGCCAACAGCUUUGGAGCGAAUCAUAUGGGGCUUUGGAGAUGGAUCAACAAUUCCUGUUUUUGAUACGCCAAUUGGAAAAAUUGGUGCUGCUAUUUGUUGGGAAAAUAAGAUGCCACUUCUAAGGACAGCAAUGUAUGCCAAAGGAAUCGAGAUAUAUUGUGCACCAACAGCUGAUUCAAGGGAUGUGUGGCAAGCAUCAAUGACCCACAUUGCAGUUGAAGGUGGCUGUUUUGUGUUAUCAGCCAAUCAAUUCUGUCGAAGGAAGGACUACCCCCCUCCUCCAGAGUAUGUAUUUUCAGGCACAGAAGAGGAUCUUAACCCAGAUUCAGUUGUCUGCUCUGGAGGAAGCGUCAUUAUUUCUCCAUCAGGAACUGUUCUGGGAGGGCCCAAUUAUGAUGGCGAGGCACUAAUCUCAGCAGAUCUAGAUCUUGGAGAAAUUGCAAGAGCCAAAUUCGACUUUGACGUGGUUGGGCACUAUUCAAGACCUGAAGUGCUGAGCUUGAUCGUGAGGGACCAUCCAACAGACCCAGUUACUUUCACAUCAUCAUCAUCCACAAAAACAGAGAGCUCUCAGAAGUUGUAGUUGUUUUUUCACUGAUAACCAAUCGAAUUUGAGCUCACAAAAUUCAGGCCUCUUCAAUAAUAACAGGACAGGUCAUUGUUUCAUUGUGGUUGUAUUUUACGCUCAUUUAUAGCCGAAACAUCAUAUUGUAACAUUUCUGCCUUUAACUGUGUGUGUAUAUAUAUGUUUACUUUCUUGGACAGAAACAUAAUUUCAAAUUUGGUUUGUUCAAA